GGUGGCCGAAGUGUUUGAGUGAAGCUGGAUUCUUACGCGCCAUGGAUUCGGACUCUGAUGACGAGUAUUGGGGGACAUACCAGCGCUUGCCACAGGAGACAACGCGCCUCCCUUUCUCAUCGUUUAGCAGUCAAGGUGUGAGUCAGAGUCUUGAUUUUUCAUGGAAUGAUCCAUGCGGGUCAGCGAAGCUCAGUGCUGGAAGCAUUGGCAGCACUCCAUCGAUCUUCUCGCAGGAGACAGUUGAAUUGGAGCCUGGUGCCUUGAUUUCGGUAGGCAGCCGCUGUUUUGAGCUUCAUGACCUGCUUGGAGUGGGAAGCUUUGGAUCAGUUUGGUGUGCAACUUGCCACACUUCUGGGGCAACAGUGGCCCUGAAGGAGAUUUUGAGUUUAAACAAAGAGUCCAUGGAGGCAGCAAAGCUGGAGGCUCAGCGCCUUCAUGCUCUUCACGAUGUAAUUCAGGAUAGAAGUGGCUGUGCAGCCCUGCCUAACCUCCUAGCCGCUGCUACUGCAACUUACGGCAACGGCUACCGAACUGUUAUGGUAAUGGAGCAAAUCCCAGGAGAGCCCUUGCGGCAGGCACUCGAGGGUGGGCAACUUUUGGUACCCAGGGGCGAUCCAAUGGCUCAGGCCGUCUACUUUGCGAGUGAGAUGCUAAGGCAGCUGGCCAUGGUGAUGCAUCCUUUGAGCAAGCGUUUCUUACACCGCGAUGCAAAUUCCCAGAACAUACUUGUACAGGCAUCUUCAGGGCAAUACCACUUUGGUUUGAUCGACUUUGGCUUGGCAGUCGAUGCCAUGUCUUGGAGUUGUGGUGGGUGGAGAGGAUAUGGUGCUUCAGGGGAUGGUCGCUUCUGGACAACAUCAUCUUGGAUGUUGUUUACCAGCGGUCCAGAAGCUUUGGACAGUGCCUGUGAGGACUUACAAUCCGAGUACACUUUGCGAACGGAUCUUCACUCUGUAGGCCUCAGUGCGCUACAAGCUUUGGUGGUUCUCAGCGAGGACGCUGACUGGCUGAACAACCACGGAGAGGUGGCAAUGGAAUCAUUGCGGAACCUUCGUGAAGCUUGGAAGCAAUAUUGGUGCUAUGCAUCUUCUUGCUGGGAAAGAGUGUUAGAUGCCUUCAAUCGGGACGCGCGCGGAGCGAUCAAGAUGCAGCUUCGACAGGAGCUGGUGCACGAGACCUUUGCAGCCCAUUUUACCAAAUUGCACGAAUGUCUUCUGCAGGUCCGUUCUUCGCUUUAUGCGUCAAAGGAAUGCAGAGGUGGAAAGUUGGGAGAUCGUUGCUUGGCGCUGCGAGUGGUUGAGGCACUAUUGCAUAUGAUCAGCACUGGUAGGCGGUGGACAGAUGGAUGCGGUGCUUGGGAACAGGUUUUGGAGCUCAUGUGCGAGACUUCUCAAACGUGGACAGGCCAUGUUUUAUUUUUUCCCCAAAGUGGGCUUGCUUGUGCUUCAUUCAUUCUUCUUGCUGAGGUUCGGAGCACAGCCAGAAAGAACGUAUGGCUUUUGUGGAUGAGGUGCUACGCAUAGAAGCUCCUGGCAGAUGAGGACUCUUUCACAAGGAAUUGCACUCUGCAGUGACGUUUGAAUGACUGCAAAGGUCUGUGGCAGUGCCAGAGGCUUCUCUUUUUGUCCUUGGCAAGCAGUGCAGGAGUUGGUGGGAACCUGAUUUCCUCCUACCUCAACUUUAUAGCUUGCCAUUGAAGUUUCCAUUGUGCAGCGGUUCCGAGUUCCAAGCCAACAGCUUGUAGCUGCGGCUGGUUCCUCUGGAUUAAUUUGCUGCCCCAAUUUAGGUUGGGAGCGUAGCACAUGUUUUGCUGUACAGCUGACCCACUCGACAGAUUGAUUUGACAGCCCAACGAUGCUGGGAAUCCUUGUUUCAAUGAACAAGCAUUCGUUGGGCGCAUGUCAGCCCAAA